AUGGAGGCUUUUAGAGAGACAAUGGAUGUUUACGGUGUUAAAGAUUUGAUGUUCUCAGGUCCUAGCUUCACUUGGAGGGGAAACCGACAUGGGGAGGUGAUAAAGGUACGGUUGGAUCGUUUCUUUGCCUCCAACUCUUGGUUAGAGCUUUUUCCUCUCUCAAGGGUGAUGCAUGUUCACCCAAACAAGAGUGAUCAUCUACCUAUUUUAAUUGAAAUUAGGGCACGGAAGCGGAGAAGUAAAAGAAAGAGGAAGAAAAGGUUUCGAUUCGAAGAACUUUGGCAUCAUGAGGAUGACUGUUUGCAAGCAGUACAGAAUGGUUGGUGGGGCACUAAUGGGGAGGAGCCUCUAAGGGCAGUAUGCAACAAGAUACAUAAUACACGGGAAGCUCUUAUUGAGUGGAGUGCGUCGAAGUUUGGUAGCUUAAAAAAGGAAAUUGAAGUGGCGCGGGCUCAGUUGGCAGUGGGUUUUGAUUCUAGUGUUAGUGAACAGAUCAAGGAGAUGAGGAGUUUGCUGGAGAACAAACUUAGUGAACUACUACAGAGGGAGCAAUUGUUUUGGAAGCAGAGAGCAAAAGUUUUCUGGCUUUCUGAUGGUGAUAUGAAAACUAAAUUUUUUCACCAAAGAGCUACUAAUAGGAGGAGGAAGAAUACAAUCAAAGGGCUCUUUGAUGAUGAUGGGAAUUGGUGUACUGAUGAUAAGGAUUUGGAACAUGUUGUGCUCAGUUAUUUUUAG